AUGUCAAGUCAACACAGUAAAACGAAAAAGACGCCGGGACGCGAAGAUUACAUUUAUAGUCAUGACAUCCCGAAAAACGAAAAAAAUGGUGGCGAGAAGUUCCACGGCUCUCCCACCAAAUCCAACAAUUUCAAUCAAAGCAAAGACGAUGAAACCAUGAAGGCGAAAAUGAUGGAUUUCUGCGACAAAACGACGGCUCACGGAGCAAAACGGGUGUUAAUAGCGAGAAACAGUUUUUCGAAACUUAUGUGGGGCUUGAUCAUUUUCUCAUUCUUACUCAUGUUUGCAUAUCAAGCCAGCAAACUGAUUCUCAAAUUCAAUGCUCAUGAGAAAAUCACGGAUAUUUCGCUGAAAUUCGAUGAUGUGGAGUUUCCAGCCAUCACAUUUUGCAAUCUUAAUCCUUACAAGAAAAGUCUUGUUAUGAUGGUUCCUUCAAUCAGAGACACGAUGGAUGUGUACGAUAACGCAAAAACGCAUAGCAAAACAGAAGGAGACAAGAAAAAACCGAAAAUUUCACGUAAACAACACUCCGAUGCAAGUCAGCAGAUGGUCCGCAAGCUGUUUGCCGAAGAAAUCGAAGAAGGGAUGGCGGAGUUGAAAAAGUCAAAUUUGACACUUCAGAUGUCAAAUCAGGCAGCGAGAAAUUUGACUGCAAGACGGAGAUCCCAGCGAUCGGUGAGGAAAUUUCAGAAAAAAGUGGAGAAUAGAAGAUACGAGGCAAUUGAAGCACAUUGUAAAUGUGUCGGAAACAUUGGAAUGGAAUGUAUCCGUUUUGAAUCACCACCAAGAGAUCCGGGAUCCAAGUGUAUCUGUACCUACGAUAGAGAUAUGGAAGUGGCCUGGCCUUGUUUUAACAUCAGUGUAUGGUACGACCACGAAUGCCCUCUCUGUCACGAUGACGGUUACUGUGAGCUAUCUCUUCCGAACGGAGUCACGUCUUCUGACAAAUGGCCUUGCAUGUGCAGAAACCGCGGUGAUACUACGAGUCGGGACGACACUCCUUACUGUAUCGGAAAAGCUGGUACAGGAAAAAUAGAAAUUAGGAAGCUCUGGCUGGAAAACAAUAUGACUACUACCACAACUACAACUACAACAACACCUCCACCGACUACCACUACAACCACAACGACUACGACCCCGCCUCCUACAACUGAGCCACGACCGAAUCAACGAGCAAUUGUCAGCAACCCAGAAACCAUCAAGGCUAUGGGUUUUCAGGGAAUGACUGAUGGAGUUGCUAUGCUGACCAGAGCAAAAGAAAAUUUAAUGUUCACCAUGGCUGCGUUGUCAGAUAAACAACGAAUUGCAUUGAGUCAGUCUAAACACGAAUUCAUUGAAAUGUGCUCCUUUAACGGAAAAGAAUGCGAUAUUGAUGAAGAUUUCCGCCUUCAUGUUGAUCCAGAAUUCGGAAACUGUUUCACUUUCAACUACGAUGUUGACAAUAACUACACUAGUAGCCGUGCAGGUCCAAUGUACGGUAUCCGUGUUCUCCUUUUCGUGAACACCUCUGACUACAUGUCGACUUCUGAGUCAUCUGGAGUUCGUCUUGCCAUUCAUCCACCAACUGAGUAUCCGUUCCCGGAUACGUUUGGUUAUUCUGCGCCAGUUGGUUUUGCGAGCAGUUUUGGAAUCAAAAAGAAGGUCAUGCAAAGAUUACCAGCACCAUAUGGGGAAUGUGUUGAGACUAAAAAAGUGACAGAUGGGAACUACAUUUACAGUGGGUAUGAUUAUCAUCCAGAGGGUUGUCACAGAAGUUGUUUCCAAAAUGGAUUAAUUGAUGAUUGCUCAUGUGGUGAUCCAAGAUUCCCGGUUCCAGAAGGAUAUAAACAUUGCUCGGCUUUCAAUGCAACUGCCCGUGCCUGUUUGGAGAGAAACAUCGGAUCAGUCGGAGAUUUCCAUCAUAUCACCGAGAAAAUGGACAAAUGUGUUUGCAAACAAUCAUGUGAAGAAAUCAUCCACGAAGUUACAUUUUCCUGCUCCAAAUGGCCAUCAGGUGCUACUGAUCUUGGCGAUUGCGAGGGAAUGACUGAAAACGAAUGUGAACAGUACUACAGAUUGAAUGCGGCCAUGAUUGAGGUAUUCUACGAACAACUGAACUACGAAUUGUUGCAAGAAUCGGAAGCCUACGGUUUGGUCAAUCUUAUUGCCGAUUUUGGAGGGCAUUUGGGUCUUUGGCUAGGAUUCUCUGUUAUCACCGUCAUGGAAGUAUGCGUCUUGUUGGUGGAUAUGAUAUCGUUGUUCUUCAAAAGCCGACAUGAAGAAAAAUUGCUGAGAGAAAGCACGAGAAGAAAAGAUAUUCCAGAAGACAAGCGGCAGAUAACAAUUGGAACUGCGAAAAAAAAUGAUGCCCUUGUAUCCAUAUAA